UAUUAUUAUUAUUAUUAUUAUUAUUAUUAUUAUUAUUAUAUAAAAUGACAUAAAAUUUGCUAUUUGUUCAUUUGGACUUUAUAUAUUCAAGCAAAUAUAAGCAUCAUAUGUUUUCCAUUCUAACUACACAUUUCUGUUGCACGGUAUAAAUGCUAAUGUCUUAAAAAAAAUUAUCAGGUUGUAAUUUGUCAUAGUCAAGUCCCAUUUCAAACAUACAUUUUUUUGUGAGUUAUUUUAGUCAUAAGCCUAGAAGUUCCCCAUGAUGAAACUAUUUUGAACAUUGAAAAAAUGUAUUUUUCUUGUUAAAUAUAAUUGUUUUUUUUGUUCUCGUUAGGUUAUUAUAAUUGUAUUUUUGUCUGUAUUUAAGGUUAUUAUUAAAGAUGUUCGUUCUCUCAAAUAUUCGUUUUACAAAAACGUUUGUAUUUAUUCCUCUUUUUUGUCGUCGGAUGUGCUUUGCAUUUAACAACGUCAUUAGUUUACAGCCGAGAUUGGAGAUAGCUGUACGAUCAAAUGAAGCCUGCGGGCCCUCGUGCAAAUUUAACAUUGCUGACAUGUUUUAUGUAACAGGAUAGUACAAAGAUAAUGAUUGAAUAUUAUUUUAAGAAACAGUUCCUUAUUAGUACAAAGCUUGACGCAGCGGGUGGAUAUAAUUAUAUUUGCGCUUAUACGCUACUGAAUAGCAGUUGCUAACACACGUCAAAACUGUUAAGUGCCCUGUACACUGUGGACCGAUACGUUAUUGUUGCAUGUCUAACCGUUUGUUCAAUUCGAGGUGGGCUGCGCCACGUAAAACGGAUAUGCAAGAUUUGAAUCCCCCUUGGAUCAAUGCGCAAUACCUUUGGUGUGGCUUUGAAUGUGUCAGACGACAUCGUGCGCUUCCGCAUUUACGGUCACACCAUUAGGCUAUGCUUUUGAAUUACACUUUUUAUUAAUGAAAAAGUAACGCAUUCCCACCUGAUUAAAUACAGAACGUAGACUAUACAUACAACAAUGACAUUGUAACUAUCAACAUAUACAUAGUAUUUAUUAAAAUACAUAGUAUUUAUUUGUUACAUUUAAAAAAUAAGCACAGGUGGAGAAAAUAAUUUAACUACCCCCUCCCCCAAUAUAUAUAUUCUCAUGUUUUGAUGAUGUAUCCACCCCGAAACAUUAGACGGGUUUAUUUUUGUGGUGGCUCCCGAUGGAAAAAUUAUGUACAUCUCAGAGACAGCCUCGGUACAUUUGGGCCUGUCACAGGUAGAGCUUACUGGAAAUAGCAUUUAUGAAUACAUUCAUCCCGCCGACCAUGACGAAAUGACGGCGGUGCUUACAGCGCACCAACCAUAUCAUUCUCAUUUUGUACAAGAAUAUGAAAUGGAGAGGUCUUUUUUCUUGAGAAUGAAAUGUGUUCUGGCGAAAAGAAAUGCCGGCUUGACUUGCGGUGGAUACAAGGUGAUCCAUUGCAGCGGCUACCUGAAGAUCCGGCAGUACAGCCUGGAUAUGUCUCCCUUUGACGGGUGUUACCAGAACGUGGGGCUGGUGGCUGUGGGUCACUCUCUGCCCCCAAGCGCGGUCACGGAGAUCAAACUGCACAGUAACAUGUUCAUGUUCCGUGCCAGCCUGGAUAUGAAGCUCAUCUUCUUGGAUUCCAGGGUGGCAGAGCUGACCGGGUACGAGCCCCAGGACCUGAUUGAGAAGACCCUCUACCACCACGUUCACAGCUGCGACACCUUCCACCUGCGAUGCGCGCACCACUUGUUGUUAGUGAAGGGGCAGGUCACCACCAAAUACUACAGGUUCCUGGCGAAGCAAGGCGGGUGGGUGUGGGUGCAGAGUUACGCCACCAUCGUGCACAACAGCCGCUCCUCGCGGCCGCACUGCAUCGUCAGCGUCAACUAUGUCCUUACGGACACUGAGUAUAAGGGGCUGCAGCUGUCUCUGGACCAGGUGACCUCCAGCAAGCCAGCAUUCCCCUACAGCAGCACCGCUGCCACCAUCAGCGACAGCAGGAAGGGGAGUAAAAGCCGUGUAGCGCGUUCCAAGGCCAAGGCCCGCCUCUCCCCCUACCCGCAGUACCCCGGCUUCCACGCCGAGCGCUCCGAGUCGGACCAGGACAGCCCGUGGGGCGGGAGCCCGCUGACAGACUCCGCCUCCCCGCAGCUGCUGGACCACAGGGAGGGCGGGGAGGCCUCCUGUGCGUACCGCCAGUACCCGGACCCCGCCUCCCUGUGCUACGGCCUGCCGCUGUCCGAGGAGCGCCACGCCCACUCGCAGGCCUGCGACCGCGGCCGCUGCGAUGCCGGGCGGUACUUCCUGGGCACGCCCCAGCCCGGGCGGGACGGCUGGUGGGGCGCGGCCCGCGCCGUGCUCCCGGUGCCCAAGACGUCGCCCGGCGAGAACGGCGAGGCGUACGAUGGGGGCAUGCCGCACAUCGCCUCCAUCCACAGCCUGCAUGUGAGAGGCCACUGGGACGAGGACAGCGUGGUGAGCUCGCCCGACGGUGGGUCGGCCAGCGACUCUGGCGACCGUUACCGGGGCGACCACUUCCGCGGGAGCCCCCAGGAGCCCAGCAAGAUCGAGACGCUGAUCCGGGCGACGCAGCAGAUGAUCAAGGAGGAGGAGAGCCUCCUGCAUCUGCGCAAGGGCCCCCCGGAGCCCCUGGGGCCCGCCAACGGGCUCUCCAAGGGCCCCGGGCCCUGCUUCGCCGCCGACUUCCCCCAGGGCACGCUGCAGGGCGUGGUGUGCCGGGGCCCGGGCGUGGCGCUCGCCUGCGAGCACCUCCAGAGCCGCGACGGCAAGAUGAUCAGUCCCCACGGCAACGAGCUUGAGGGCAGCCCCGCCCCGCUCUCGCGCAUGGGCAGCCCCGUCUCCGACCGGCUGCCCAAGGCCAAGGACUACCUGCAGGGGGACCUGUCCCCCCACGCGCCCCGGGGGAACCACUGCUCCCCCUCGCCCACCUUCUACUCGCCCCACCACCGCCAGUACCUGGACAAGCACGCGGCCUACUCUCUGACGGGCUACGCCCUGGAACACCUGUACGACGCGGACAGCCUGCGGGGCUACUCGCUGGGCUGCCCCGGCGCGCACUACGACGUGACCUCACACCUCCGCAUGCAGCCCGACCCCACCGGGGGCCACAAGGGCACGUCCGUCAUCAUCACCAACGGAAGCUGACGCUCGUGAGGCAGAAGCAGACAGACGAAUAACCCACCGCUGCCCCCCCCCCCCCCCCCCCCCCUGAAAAAAAGACACAAGAAACAAAACACUGUCAUCUAGAUUUGUUCCUUUUUCUACGGUCUUUUUCACGUGCCCCUCGGCAUCGUGGGUAAUCAGGUCUUUGGUCCUGCACUAGAACGGUUCACGAGAACAGAAAUCAAAUAGAAGUGUUGCUUGGUCAUUAGUCAGAGAGAGCGAGAGCGAGAGAGGGAGAGGGUAUGUUUUAAAAUGCACUUUCACAGCGUUCUGGAUGUCUUUCAGAGCGUCUCGUUAACCUUUAGCGGUCUUCUUUUAAAAGCUCGGGCGAGUUAUAGAUAAACCCGCCGCUCGACUAUUUUCCGCACCGCUGCACACGCACGCAGCGGGAGGAGCGAACAAAUUCAGGCCAGCGUCAAGAUCCGUUCCAACUGGGGCAUAACAGCAGGAGAUAAAAAAAGACUCCAUUCGGCUCCGUUUUUUUCCCCCCUUCUUUUUUUUUAGCCGUCUUUUCACAGGGCAAUAGAGAAUAUGCAAUUUUAUCGUAUUCACAGUUUUCGACCUCUAAAAAGAACGUGGCAGGCGAGAACAAGGCGCGAGCUCUUUAAAAAAAAAAAAAAAGGUUAGGAGGACAGGACUCUAACCCCAGCCUGCUUUCCCCAGAUUGGACUGUCGCGGUCGCGGCUGCGGCUGCGUUGCUUAGUGACAUGGCGGCGUCUUUGGAGCGCGGCGCGGCGGUUCGCCGGGCCGACGCCCCUGUGCGAGGAAUCUUCACGCUUUUCAGUUUGCUUCACGCAGUCAGUUGUAGCCUUAAGGGAUGUAAGAAUGUAGAUACGAUUUGUACUUUUUAUCCCCCGGUUUCUCACCCUUACAUUUAAAUGUAGGAGACUGUGUGGUUUGACUGCUUGUGGUUCCCUCUCUGUAAAAAGUGGCUAUUCUCUAGAUUUAUUUAUGAUGUAAAUAUGGCUGGGGGAAAAAAAGGACUUUUGAGGUACAGGUGCAAAAAUGUAUUUAUUAUGUGAAUGAUAAUGUUUUCUUUUGGUUUUGAAAUAUAGUUGCAAUCAAACAAA